GUCCAGCUCGUACUUUACCGGAUAGUAAUCCCGAGAAUCACGAGCUCUCACACUGCACAUUUACCGCAUAUAAAGCUUGGAUACUUAAGUUUAUAGAGCGGAUAGCAUCCUCUCCCGAGCAACUCUAAAUCGGCAGCACAAAGACAAUGGCGCCUGGAACAACAGUAGAUGUCAAUCAACUGACAGCGGCUGAUAUGAAGGCCGCGCGAUCACAGACCUCGAUCAGCGUCCAGACUGUCCGGAACUAUUUGUAUGGUGAACAGAAAGUGUGGGAUCUGCGUGAACGCCUGGAAAAGAUUCUUGUGCAAGAACCAUUAUUCGACAAACAGCACAGGGACUUUCUAGGGAGGACAGAUCAAUACAUUAGAUCUGCUGCCAUCAUAAAUAGGCUCGAUGAAUUGCGUCGUAUUCAUAGUUGGUCUGAAGAAGAAUAUACUACAGCCACGUCACUACUUUCAGAAGUGUUGUCGACUGCACUUCAUGAUGCUGCAUUCCAGCCCGUCUUCCUCGGCCAAGGAUCUUCCUCAUUGAUGGAAAACUAUUGGGACUUGGUGUAUGAGAAGGGCAUUCAAGGGUGUUACUUGCAAACCGAACUCGGUCACGGUACAAACGUAGCCCGACUAGAAACAACUUCAACAUAUAUCCCAGAAACCCAAGAAUUCGAAAUAAACUCUCCCAGUCUUACGAGCACUAAAUGGUGGAUCGGUGCCCUGGGCAAGUCAGCGACUCACGGUGCUGUCCAAGCAAAGUUGAUCUUGCCGGACGGGAAGGAUAUGGGUCCUCACCUCUUCUUCGUGCAACUGCGGUCGUUAGAGGAUCACAAACCUCUCCCAGGAAUCACUGUUGGCGACAUUGGUCCAAAAGCUGGGGGAGGCCUGGCUGCACAAGAUCAAGGUUUCGCGAGGUUUGAUCACGUACGGAUACCCAGGACGAACAUGUUCUCGAAGUUUGCUGAGGUUACGACGGAGGGUAGUUAUAUCCAACCUCCUCAUGCAAAACUCAGCUACGGAGGAAUGAUGUAUAUCAGGGCAAACAUGAUACCACAGGCCGGAUGGAACAUAGCUAAAGCUGUGACAGUUGCUAUUCGCUACACGACCGUCCGGAGACAAGGCGAACCAGACGCAAAGGGACUUGAACGUCAAGUCUUGACAUAUCCUUCAACAUACUACCGCUUGUUACCUAUUCUGUCCAGAGCAUUCGUGUUCAUUGAGCUCGGGAGGUAUACGAUAAAAGCAUUAAAUGAGAUGCAACAGCGGCUUGCAAAUCGAGACAUGUCUCUUCUUCCAGAAAUGCAUGCUCUCUUGUGUGGAUUAAAGGUUUUAGUUACUACGCAUGGAAUCAGUGAUAUUGAAACCGCUCGGCGUUCUAUGGGUGGUCACGGCUACAGCGCAUUUGCUGGGCUGGGGCGAUUAUACGUGGAUUACCUCCCCUCCGCAACAUUCGAAGGAGACAACUUUGUCCUAGACGGACAAGUAGUACGCGCCGCCACAAAGUUAUGUAAAUCUGUGCUUUCGUCAACCUCAGCUGUUGCCAAGCUUCCCCUUCCAUCGGCUUAUCUGCGUUUGUUAUCCGCAACCAGCGAGGCCCCUCCACAAGUUACCGCAUCAACUUGGCACCAUAUCCCUAGCGUUGUCCUUCUUCUAGAAUGGCGUGCUGCUCUUAUGGUAAAGAACUUCACGCAAACGCAAGCGAGUGGAGAUGUCGAUGCGAGCGUCAAUCAGCGCUUGGCCAAAGCCGUAACAGAAGCUUUUGUCGCCGCGCAGGUCGGUGAGAUGAUCAAAAAUCUCACCAUGCUACCGUCAGAGGAUGCGAAGGUUGUCGGCUGCCUUUACAGACUGUACUUACUAACGAGUGCUGAAAGCGCCCUUGUGGAUCUCCUUUCGGUUGGUUUGAUCCGUCAUACGGGUGCGGGCGAUCCCACGCAGGAUCUCCGUUUAGCCGUCAAAGCCCUUUGUCUUGAGGUGCUACCCAAUGCUAUUGGUCUAAGCGAUGCUUUCGGCUUCUCGGACUGGUCCUUAGACAGCGCGCUAGGAGUCUUCGAUGGCCGCGUAUACGAGGCACUCUGGAAACGAGUGCAGAUGGAGCCAAUGAAUAAGGAUGAAGUUACUCCGGCUUAUGCUCCUUACCUUCGACCCAUGCGACAACGCGGGCAAGCUGCUGCUGAGCAGAAGAGGAAGCUCAAAAGUAGACUCUGAAAUCAUUAAUGAGAUCUUCAGCUAUUUGUAAGACAUGUUGAGCACCAGAGUAGUAAUGUAAGUUAGCAUGCGCUCAAUUCGUGUUUGCUUCUCUUGGAUCCGUGCCAUUCUGUGAGGUAUCUUCACUCAUACUAUCGGCUACCACAACUUCGGACAAGCCCAGCCUUGACCAAAUCGACGCUUUGUGUCCUGCAAGAUGCUGAAGCUCCGACUCGCCGAGUGACAAAGCUGGUCUGUCGCACCUCAAAGCUAUCUCUGUCAUUUCUGCACCAAUUUUAAUGAUUCAACUGUAUAGCACUAUACAAUAAGCGUACAAUUAUAUGUGGUGAAGCAAAAUAUUUUAUUGAGGCAGAAUUGUGGGUUGCGAAGUGUAAGAACCAGUGGUCGUCCAAAGUUGUGGUAGUAGUACCAAUAUUAGUUUCUAUAUAUAUCGAU